AUGACAAGCCAAGAUGCGGAGGUGGCAAAUGAAGGUGACAAAAAUGGUGGCGCGAAGGCUGCUUGUGCAGAGGGCCAAGCUUUGGACAAGCUAGCUGAUCAGCGCGAAGUAUGGUCCAGUUCUGAAAGUUCAGAAAACUUGCACGAAGAUGCGGAACAGCCUGAUACAAACUGCGGCACCUUGGUGGCUGAAGUGACAGGAGCUUCUGCGGAAGAGGUGUUGCCCGCGAACCCGAGUGGUGACGCCGCUGCGUCGCGGGCGCGCAGCAGGAGCCCGAGGAGCCCGAGGAGCCCGAGCCCGAGCGGCAAGGCAUGCGCACAAGCCGGGGAAGCCGAAGCAAGGCCCGAAGCAAGGCGCGAAGCGGCGGAGCCGGAGCCGAGGGGCCCUCGCGUCUUGCGACAGUCCGGCCGACGUCUUCGCGACAGUGACCUGGUCCGCAUUGCCCGGGAUCAUGGCAAAGGCAGCUAUGAUGAGAUCGACUUCUCUCGCAACGACCUGACGUCUGAGUCUGUCCCUGACAUCGUUGAAAUCUGCAAGAAGUCCGAUCGGCUGAAGAUCCUCAAGCUUUUCAACAACCGCUUGGGAGACGAUGGCGCCGAGGAGCUAGGGGAGAUCUUCCGACAUUGUGCUGCCAUUGAAGAAGUACAUCUUAGUCACAAUGACUUCACUCGAAAGGGUGUUGAAAGCCUUGUGCGGGCUGCUGACAGAGGUCUGCCAAAGGAUGUCAAACGUCCACUGUGGCUUCGCCUGGAGCAUAACAAGGUGCCUGACACUGAAGGCCUUGCACGUGAUUUGGAACGGGACUGUCCUGCUGUGUGCGGAAGAGAGGACCGGCAUCGGUGCACGCCGAGAGUCUGUGCCAAAGGCAGACGCAUUCACCUGCCGUUCUUAAUUGAAGCUCCAAAGGGAAGGGGACGUGGCACCCGCGGUCAAGAGAGCUGGGGCCAUGUGGGCCAGGGCCAGCGGCGCAGGCGAGACUCGCGAAGAAGGCCAGCUCCGACGGCUCGCUGGAGUGAACCAAGGGAUUCCCGGAGCAGGAGCACCAGGAGGCCUGCCAGGAAGCCUGCUGGCGAACCUGUGAGCCGCUUGUGCCUGCGAAGCGCACCAAGAGUGCCUCGGAAGCGGCCUUCCAGCUCUCGAUCGGGGACACCGGUGGGUCGUCAAGCUCGUCGCUUUCCCAUGCCCAGUCCUCCACGAGCUCCGAGAGCUCCGAGAGCUCCGAGAGCUCCGAGAGGUGCGCAGGUCCGGUCCCGACCCAGGCCGGAAACGCAGCGGAGGCCUUCUCCUCCUUACCGGACCCAUCGCACACCUCAGCAAGCUCAGCGUGUUGCGAAGCCCCGAGAGCCCCAUCCUAUAGGAAAUUCACGCGGGCUUAACGGGCGCAGGCCGCAAGCCCGUGGCGGCAGUCGAGUACCGGCUUGCAUAAGUCAACCUGCCGUGCCUAGAGAUGUAAGAGACAACAGUGUCGAAUAUAGCUACUACAGCUACUACACAGAGUAUGAGGAUGACGGCAGCUGCGCGUAA